UGUUUGUGUUUUGCUAGUGGUUACUGGUUAUGUUGGAGAAAUCGAAAUGUUUGUAAAUUGUGUAUUGGAAUCAAUGGCAUUGAAACUGAAUAUUGUUUAUUAACUAUUAUCUAAGUUUUUGGAAGUGUUCGUGUUAACUGAGUUUUAAAUUUAAUUCUUGGAUGGUUAGCGACAAUGUCAAAAACAGCUCUUCUAUUCAAUGGGGAAAAUUCCAGUGAUGUUGAACGUAGAGCCGAUGCGAACAUCGACAUGGUUCCUGUCAACGACAUUUCAUGUGCUAAGCGCUUAGAUAUUUUAAACUCAAAAGAUAGUGGCCAAGGUUUAUUAAAUUAUUCAUGUGAUUUUGAUCAUAUAUAUGCUAGCAAUAUGGAUGACGGCGAAAAACAAAAAUCUGUAAAUUCGGAAAUAGCACUUCUUAAGAAAAUCAUUCUUUCACAAGUCAACCUUAUUCAGCAUCACUCUUUACAGCUAGUUACCAAAGACAAGAAAAUUAAUGCUUUGCUCGAAGAAAAUGAAAUGUUGAAAUCAAGACUAGAAAGGAUGGAUAGACGAGUAACCCUUCAAAAGCAGAAAGAUGCUCCAGAAUGCAAUUUGCCGGUGGCACACAGUACUCCGUCUGCAACCAUAGUGUCCCAGAGACCCAUGUCUUCUGGCAGUCCUCUAAUAGCUACUCAAGUUUUGACCACUUUGAACUCAUCCUUGUUGAAAAUCGAAAACGAUGCCACCUGCACACCUUGCCCUGUGAGGAAACGAAAGCGCGAGGACAAUGGAAGCAUAUGCAGUGCAACUAGUAAGCGAACCAAUAGAAGUUCGUCGUGGAACGGGAUACUGGAGCGUGAUGACACCUCCACACCAACUGCAGCUGCUGCAACAAUCAAUGGCAAAUCGGCCAAACUUGAUAGUUCUCAGCGCACAAAGAGAAGGAGGAGAUUGAAAAAUGAUGAAGCAAAACGAGAACAAAAUAAGGAUAUUCUGCUCACUAAUGUUCAGUAUUACACCACCGUUGGCAAUGAAGAAGAUACUAUUCUUGAUCUGAUGAUCGAUGCUCCAAAAGUCAAUGGUUGUGUUCUGGAGGUUCCGUGCUGGAGACAGAGAUUGUUCAGCAGUUGUUACACUAUGGAAGGAACAGAAAAUCUCUCAGAAGAUGUAUUUCAUAAGCGACAUGCUCGACUCGAGAUUGACGAAAGAAGACGAAAGAGAUGGGAUGUACAGAGGAUUCGAGAACAGAGACAGCUGGAGAAGCUGAGACAAAGAGAGAGGAGAAACAAUGCAGGAGAAGACUAUGAAGAAUUGUACUCCCUUUGGCCAACAUGUGAUGAUGUGGGUGCUGUCGAUAUAUCUCCAAUGCUUCCUGUUGCUGCGUUUGGCUAUAAUAUACCAAAGUUUCCAGACUCUAAGCCCAUAGAGUUCUCAUUACCAUGGAUUGGAUCGGAGAAGACGUUCAACCAUACAACUUUGAGGUUGAGGCACAAUUCCGCAAAACAAAAAGAAAGAGCCAGCAUUGAGACUCGCAAUAUAUUUGAGAAAUCGAUUUUGGUGGACCAAAAAAGAAAAGGAAAGUAGAUUUAGAAUAGUAAGGACGAACUGAACAAAUGUUGACAGAUAUGUAAAUGUACAAAUAAAUAGUUUUAAAAGUGUGUGCGUGUGCACUCAACUUACGUCUUUGGUUGUUAAAUUGCUUUGGCUGACGAUUAAUAGGCUAAUCCAGGUUGGUGAUAUGGGAGCUUAAUUUCAUUUUUUUGUUAUUUUAUCUCCCGUACGAGUUCAUGAGAACUGUUCCGAUCCCCACAAUGAACUCCGCCUAAGAAAUAAAUGUUAUAAGUCUCAAAUGAAAUCAAAAUUUGAAUGUAUUAAAAUCCAUAUUUUAAUGGAGUCAUCCUAUCACUUGUAGGUUGGUUUUACAACUAAUUUUUAGUUCUAUCACACUUUUUUUUUAAUUGAAAUUUAUUUUUCUUGUAUAAAUUGAAUAAUAUGAAAUAUUAGCAAAGCAAUAAAUAGCUAAAAUAUGUAGAGAUACUGAAAAAUCGACUAUAAAUCUCAAAAAUAGCAAAUUAUACUAAACAAUUUGAAUCUGAAAAAUUCGUCACUUUCAUGCAGUUUAGUUCAACCAACUUUGAAAACUAAUAAUCAAGAAUCAAAACGUUCAAUUUUCAAUUCUAAUUUUGGAUUUGCAUUGAAAAGUAAGAAAUAGCUUUGAAGGGUAUAGAUUUAUGAGCUUCAUUUCUUAAAUCAGUGUCCAAAUCUGACAUCAUAACUUAUAGCCUAAUAUUUAUUUGGCAAUGAAUUAUAAUAAUACUUGAACUCAUUAUACCAGCUUUUACUAUACCGGAACGAAGAAAUUCAGAAAAAACUACGUGCUAUGCACAGUUCACUGAUUCUGUUUGAGGCAUUGACAUUUUUUUUAUUAUUCAAGUUAUUUUCUGUGAGAAAUUAAAUUGUAAUUAAGGCAAGUUUUUUUUUAUAAGUCAAGUUAUUUUCUGUGAGAAAUUAAAUUGUAAUUAAGGCUCGGUUGCAUAAAAGCCAGUUGAAUUUAAAUCAUGAUCAGAGAAAGCUUUUUCGAAAAGAAGUCUUUUCUGAUUGGUCCUCUUGGCAUUUAACCACGAUUAAAAAUUAACAGGCUUUUGUGCAGCCGGGCCUAAAAGAGCAAAUAUGCUAACUCAUCUAGUUAUUUUGGAUUUAAGCAGUGAUCAAAUAAUAUUAUAUUAUAUGAUUAUGAUAUAUGAUAGACCAGUUAUGAUCAAAUGUCAUC